GGACCGGUAUAAAGCAGCAGGCGCUUGUGCCCGCUCCACCUUUCAAGCAGCGCCUGCCUGAGUCUGUUCUGCCCCCUCCCCACCCAGUUCACCACCACCAUGACACCGGGCAUCCAGUCCCCUUUCUUCCUACUGCUGCUGCUCAUAGUGCUUACAGCUGCCACAGGUUCUGGUCAUGCAAGCUUUACCGAAGGUGGAGAAAAGACGGGGACUACCCACAGAAAUUCAGCACCCAGCUCUACCAGGAAUGUUGUGAGUGUGACCAGCAGUGGCAUCUCCAGCCAUAGCCCUGGUUCAGGCUCCUCCACUAUUCAGGGACAGAACCUGACCCCGGCCCUAGCCACCACACUAACCUCAGGUUUGGCUGCCACUGGGGGACAGGAUGUCUCCUUGACCCCAGCUCCGGGCUCUACCACUGCUCCAGCCCACCACGGCACCUCGGCCACGGACACCGGGCCAGCCUCUGGCUCCACCACCGCUCCAGCCCACCAUGGCACCUCAGCCACGGACACCGGCCCAGCCCCAGGCUCCACCACCACUCCAGCCCACCAUGGCACCUCGGCCACGGAUACCAGGCCAGCCUCUGGCUCCACCACCGCUCCAGCCCACGGCUCCACCACCACUCCAGCCCACCAUGGCACCUUGGCCAUGGACACUGGGCCAGCCUCCAGCUCCACCGCAGCUCCAGCCCACCAUAGCAGCUCAGCCACAGACACCGGGCCAACCUCCAGCUCCACCACUGCUCCAGCCCACGGCUCCACCACCACUCCAGCCCACCAUGGCACCUCGGCCAUGGACACCGGGCCAGCCUCCGGCUCCACCACAGCUCCAGCCCACCAUGUCACCUUGGCGACGGACACUGGGCCAGCCUCCGGCUCCACCACCGCUCCAGCCCACCAUGGCACCUCGGCCACGGACACUGGGCCAGCCUCCGGCUCCACCACCGCUCCAGCCCACCAUAGCAGCUCAGCCAUGGACACCGGGCCAGCCUCCGGCUCCACCACCGCUCCAGCCCACCAUGGCACCUCGGCCACGGACACCGGGCCAGCCUCCGGCUCCACCACCGCUCCAGCCCACCAUGGCACCUCGGCCACGGACACUGGGCCAGCCUCCGGCUCCACCAUAGCUCCAGCCCACCAUAGCAGCUCAGCCACAGACAGCGGGCCAGCCUCCGGCUCUACCACCGUUCCAGCCCACCAUGGCACCUCGGCCAUGGACACCGGGCCAGCCCACGGCUCCACCACCACUCCAGCCCACCAUGGCACCUCGGCCUCAGGCUCGACAUCAGGCUCAGCUUCCACUUUGGUCCACAAUGGCACCUCUGCCGCCGAGACUACCACAAUCCCAGGCAGCAAGAGUACGCCAUUCUCAACUCCCAGCCACCAUUCUGAUACUCCUGCCACCCUUGCCAGCCAUAGCACCAAGACUGUUGCCAGUAGCACUCACCAUAGCAUAGUACCUCCUCUCACCUCCUCCAAUCACAGCACUUCUCCCCAGUUGUCUAUUGGGGUCUCUUUCUUUUUCCUGUCUUUUCGCAUUUUCAACCUCCAGUUUAACUCCUCUUUGGGAGAUCCCAAUACCAACUAUUACCAAGAGCUGCGGAGAAACAUUUCUGAAUUGUUUUUGCAGAUUUAUAAACAAGAGGAUUUUCUGGGCCUCUUCAAUAUCAAGUUCAGGCCAGGAUCUGUGGUGGUAGAAUCGACUCUGGCCUUCCGAGAAGGUACCACCAGUGUCCAAGAUGUGGAGACACAGUUUGAUGACCGUAAAGAAGAAGCAGUCUCUAGAUACGACCUGAAUGUCUCAGCAGCCAGCGUGCGUGAUGUGCCAUUUCCCGUCUCUUCCCCGUCCGGGGCUGGGGUACCAGGCUGGGGCAUUGCGCUGCUGGUGCUGGUCUGUGUUCUGGUUGCGCUGGCCGUGAUCUAUCUUGUUGCCUUGGCUGUCUGGCAGUGCCGCCGAAAGAACUACGGGCAGCUGGAUAUCUUUCCAGCCCGCGAUGCCUACCAUCCUAUGAGCGAGUACCCCACCUACCACACCCAUGGGCGCUAUGUGCCCCCUGGAAGUACCAAUCGUAGCCCCUAUGAGGAGGUUUCUGCAGGUAAUGGUGGCAGCAGCCUCUCUUACACAAACCCAGCGGUGGCAGCCACUUCUGCCAACCUAUAGGGGCACGUCGCCUGCUGAGCUGAGUGGUCAGCCAGUGCCAGUCCGCCCCACUCCGGCUCUUCAGGGCCAGAGCCCCCAAACCCUGUUCUGGGCUGGUGAGCUGGGAGUUCAGGUGUGCUGCUCACAGCCUCCCUCAGAGGCCUCACCAAGUUCCUGGACCUUUCUCGGCCUGUGGAAGCCCGUGCCUGCCCCUGAGGGCUUAUGCCUGGGGAGUGGUGCGGUGGGAGCUCCCAGGAGGUCUGGCCCAGAGACCCCGGAGAUGGCAGGGAACCUGGACAGGACUGAAUAAAACAUGGUCUUCCGCUGUA